GUCCCAAGCACAAAGACGCUGGAACCACAUUCCGCCACAAGAUGUCGCAGUUCUGGCACGUUUAUCACGUAAAUGCAGCAGCCAAUGAAAGCGUAGACACGUGAUAUAGCUAUUCUGCGCGUAAGAUCGGGUAAAAUUUGAAAGUGAUUGGAAGCGGGAGAGGCCGAGCGGAGGGUGGAGGCGGUAUCCUUCGGCUAUAUGGCGGGUGUACAGAUGAAAGUUAUGGCGGAAGCAGAGGCUCAGUUUCCGCCUUUGCAAGAUGGGGAUGACUUUUUCCAUGUGGGCAGCGAUCGGUGUUCGGAGGAGCUGCGGGAUGUUAAACAAGUCUUGUUCCAGGAGGAGGAUGACAGCGCCAGUGAUUAUGGCAGCUAUAAAAGGCUGGGGAAAGUCACAAGUCGUACGGUUCCUGCAGGAAACAUGCUAUUUCCAGACCUAUUCCAAACCAACAACCUCCUUUUCUAUGAAAGAUUUGAGACUUACAAAGACUAUAUGCUUGGUGACUGUAAACCCUCUGAGGUGAAAGAAUUCAUAGCGGAGUACUUGGAAAAGGCCCUCAAACCAUCUGGCUGGAAUGCAAUUUGGCACACUGAUGUCUUUGAUGUUCUUGUAGAGGUAACCGAUGUAGAAUUCUCCAGCCUUAAUGCCAUAGUGCGGCUGUCUGAGCCUUUCCUGUGUGAGUCUCAUGUCAGUAGCAUUGCUCUUGAAAGUAUCAAAGACCUGCUAGAUGUGAAGGAUCAGAGGGUACCUUUGCAGGAAAUCCGUGUUGUUUUUGAUGAGUCUGGGUUAUAUAACCAGACUGCACUCGCUAUUGAGCAUCUCAGAUUUUUCUACCAGCAGAUCUGGCGGCCCUGGGAUGAGGAAGAGGAAGAUUAUUUUGAUUACUUUGUGAGAUGCGUGGAGCCUCGUUUACGCCUGCAUUAUGACAUCCUUGAAGACCGUAUCCCAUCCGGACUUGUGGCUGAGUACAGUAGCCUUCUGUUGCAGUGUGAAGAAGUUUAUAUGCAAUUCACCAACCUCCGAAAUAAUUUAUCCAAUAAAGACUCUGAUUCAGAAUCUGAACUUGACAAUGUGUCCAUGGUUGAGGGUAUGAAGAUGGAUAAUGAAAUGGAGAAUCUGAAAAGGAAGCUAAAAUUAAUUGAAAAUCCACUGCUGAGGUAUCUAUUUUGUUAUCAGAGAAAUUCUGGAUGCCACAAUGUGCAAGCCAAAGGGCCCAGACCCAAUGGUGGGAAGGUGAUUCAUGUUGUAUCCACAAGUAUGUCCAUCCUCACACUGCAGUGUCUGACAAGAGAAAGACUUCAGCCAGAGUCUGGUAACAAAGAUUUGGAAAUCCAGUUCCACAGAGAUCCUCUGGAGGCAGUGAACGCAUGCUAUGAGGGAGAUCUUGUCAUAAUUUGCCCUGGUCUUUAUGCUGUAUAUGGCCUGAUCAACAUUAUGGACUCAAUAGAGAUAGAAGGAUAUGGCCUCCCUGAUGAUGUUGUAAUAGAAAAAAUGGGCAAAGGGGAUACUUUUGUGGCCUGCAGUGGGGCCCAUAUUAAAAUCUCCAAUGUGAAGUUUGUACAGCAUGAGGCAGUGGAAGGGAUUAUAACUAUCCAUAGUGGGAAGACAGAGCUAGACAACUGUGUGUUGCAGUGUGAAACUACUGGAGUCACUGUCAAGAAGUCUGCAGAGUUAUUGAUGAAGUAUAGUGAUUUAUAUGGAGCGAAGGGUGCUGGAAUGGAAAUAUACCCUGGAAGUAAGUGCACCUUAAUUGGAAAUGGCAUACACCACUGCAGGGAUGGCAUCCUUAUUAAGGACUUUAUUGAUGUCGUUUGCGAGAUCCCUAAAAUAACCAUGGAGAAUAAUGUCAUACAUAAUAACGAAGGCUAUGCAGUUGUCUUGGUUAAACCAUCUCUAGACAUAGAGAAGAACUCUCAUAAUGAGGAACUUGAAGGUGGACAUCUUGAUGAUGAUGAUAAAAUGAUAGAGGAACAAACUAGUUCUAAUAUAUUGCAACCUAACCUAAAUAAAGCUAUGGGUGUAGAAGACAAAGCAGUCGAGCACACUAAUAAUUUAGAAAAAGAUCAAGGUAAUCUGGCCAUUGCUAAAGAAGAGGUUGAAUGUGAAUAUGCAAUUGACUGUGAAGAGGCUGAAGGGAAUCAGGUCAUUGCUACUGAACUGGUUGCUAACACAAGAAGAAAAACCAAACUACACAAGAAGAGGCUGAGCACAUUGGGAAUUGUAACAGCAGAUGAUAAGCUAACAUCCCAAGAGAUAUUUGUUUCCAUAGUUGGGAACCAGUUUAAGAGAAACGGAAAAGGAACCUUUGGAACAUUCCUCUUCUGACUUUGCACUUUGAUUCUGCAUUCCUAAUGCUUUCUUGAAGAACUGUGACCUCUGUAUCCAUUUUCUUUACUUGGCUGUAUGUCACAAGCUGUUGUCUUAAUUCACUUUAAUGCCAUAAAUUGCACAUGUACAUAAAGAACAGUGUUCCAGGGUUUCCUCUUGUGUAAGUCAUUUGUAAAUUUGAGAGGUUGUGUAUUCAACUUCAUUACUGUCAACUUUUCACAAACGAUACACAAUAAAGGGAUUACACUUCCAGCCAAA